CGCCCUUAAGGUCACAUCAUUGUGAGGUCGAGGGUCACGCAGUUGAAACAAUAUCGUGUAAUCUUACGCGCGCCAGCAGCAAGCAAAACACGAUGGCCGACUACAUCACGAUAGAGGACGACAAGUACCUUCCCGCCACAUCUUUAUGCAUCCCGCCCGUGUACGUAGAGUACCUGGAGGGGGUUGUCAUCCCCCACGGGCUCAUCCAGGACAGGAUCGAGCGGAUGGUGCAGCACAUCCUGCGGGACUUCGGCUGCGACACGCCGGUGGUGGCGCUGUGCGUACUGAAGGGCGGAGCGCGCUUCUUCUCCGACCUGACGCGGGCCGUCAGCGCCCUCAACGGCACCUUCACCCCCUGGUUCCCCCUGGCGCUCGACUUCAUCAGCGUGAAGAGCUACAAGAACGACAAGUCCACGGGAAAUGUCACUGUGACGGGUUCCAAAGACCUGGCUAAAUUGGCGGGUAAGAAUGUGCUUAUUGUUGAGGAUCUGAUUGACACGGGCACAUCCAUGCAGCAGCUCCUGCCUAUCAUACAGGAGUAUCAACCUAAGAUGGUCAAAGUUGCAAGCUUGUUGGUGAAGAGGACACCGUCCAGUACUGGCUACAGACCAGACUACAUCGGCUUUGAAGUCCCAAACAAGUUCAUUGUGGGCUACGGCAUUGACUACAACGAACAUUUCAGGGAGAUCAACCACAUUUGUGUCGUCAAUGACAAUGGCAAGAAGAAGUUUGCUGUCAGCUAGAAUUGUCUGACACAGAUUUAGCCUGGACACCAGGCUAACACAGAUCCAUAAUUAGCGCACAUUCUUAAAGCCUACUUGGAAGCCAACUAUGCCAUUGUAGUGCAUGUUCUUAUGAUGCUGCUCAGGGACUGGCUUGCCAGUGAAGUGAAAUUCCUCAGUCUAUCAUUCACAUAUCAAAAAUUUGGUGGGACAAGUUGAGAUUGGGUUGUUACAUCCCAGAAAGGACUCCUAGCCAUACACACUAAUAGGGUAGUCCUUCUGUGAUGUCAUUUUUAUGUGAGGCCAAUGCUAUUGUCACAGCUAUUGAUAAA